GUUACUUACUUUCCUAUGAGGAGCUUAACUGACACCCUGCUGGCCUGCCCAGACAUUCGGCUGACCCGAUACAGUGGUGGCAGCCACACGCUGCACUCCAAAACAGAGACGACCCCGUCGCCCACUGACAGUGCUGGGAGUGGACACCCAGAAUAUAUUGCGUAUGUGCUUGUCCCCGUGUUCUUCAUCAUGGGGCUCUUUGGCGUCCUCAUCUGCCACCUGCUUAAGAAGAAAGGCUAUCGUUGUACUACAGAAGCUGAGCAAGAUGCGGAGGAGGAAAAGGUUGAAAAGAUAGAGUUGAAUGAUAGUAUGAAUGAAAAUAGUGACACUGUGGGGCGAAUUGUCCACUACAUCAUGAAGAAUGAAGCAAAUGCGGACGUGUUAAAGGCCAUGGUAGCAGAUAACAGCUUCGUCGGGGAUCCUGAGAGCCCCGUGACCCCCAGCACUCCUGGGAGCCCGCCCGUGAGCCCCGGGCCCUUGUCACCAGGUGGCACGCCAGGGAAGCACAUCUGUGGCCACCAUCUGCACACAGUGGGCGGUGCUGUCGAGAGAGAUGUGUGUCAGCGGUGCAGACACAAGAGGUGGCACUUCAUAAAACCGACCAACAAGUCCAAAGAAGGCCGCCCGAGGCGCCAAGGGGAGGUCACGGUCCUCUCUGUGGGCAGGUUUAGAGUUACGAAGGUGGAACACAAGUCCAACCAGAAGGAGCGGAGAAGUUUGAUGUCGGUCAGUGGGACUGAGAGCGUCAAUGGGGAGGUGCCUGUGACCCCUCAGAAGAGAGAACGGAGAGGCACAGAGUAGCAGGAAUGACUCUAUUUGAAGAGUUCUAAGAGACUGAAAACUUACACUAUACGAAGUUGUGCCCAAGGAAUGUUUUUAAUCUUUUGUACGAUUUCUAUCGUGGAAUAUGCAGGCAUACGGAAGAAAGCCAAAAAGGGAAUAUUGUUUUGCUGAAGACAGAAUUCAGUUGGCGUUGAAACAAGUUUUGAUUUAAAAAAGUCUCAUGAGAAAAUUGUCACAUUUCCAGGGAAGAAAAGAGCUCAUUUUUUUAUCUCCCCAACUGCCUUCAGCCACCACCCCAUGGUGUAUACACCACAGUUUUUUCCAGUAUGAUCACUCUGUACAGUGGAUGCAUUCGUGUACAGUCUGAGCUGAUGCUGUGUGUGUGUGUGUGUGUGUGUGUGUGCGCACACACACAUGUACUUCUGUUCCCCCAACCUUUACUCUAUGUUACUACUGGUCGUAAGAAGAUUCUCUUACAGUUUAACUGCUGCAGAAGAUAAAGACGGCUCUGGUAGUGAAAGGUCCCUGAGGAUAACCUAGUUGGCCCUGAGAAAUGGAUCCCCAAGAGACCUUGGCGUCAGAUGCUGGAUGCCGAGACCGAGAAUUCAGUGCUGACUCCUCUGCUACAUCAUGCCGCUCUUAGGUCACUUAUAAAAUAUUGGGAAGUUUCGUGUUUGUUUUUAUUUUAACGUGAGCAAAACAAGUCUUACUUAGUUUAUUCAAUAAAGGGGAAAGUGGUUUAAAGUCACAAAAACAAAAUAUUCUUGUUUUGACAACCCAAGUCCAAAUAACAGGAAAAAUCUCCGCUUCUCAAGCCAGAGGGCUGCUUUCCCCUGGCCAUUUUCUUCAAGGCAUUGCCGGUUCCAUCUCGUAACUAAUGCUCGUUAUUUCAAAGAGUCGUGGUGGUUUUUUCCCUGUGGGCUUGGAAACCCUGCUUUUUUCUUUGCCUUGGGGUUAUGAAACACCUGGAAGAACUCAGAGGCCAAGAUAGUAAAUUUACGGUAGGUCUGGGCCAAAGCCUGGGAGGGUCCACUUCCAGGGAGAGCUCCCAGGGCCGCUGGAUGCUUGCUCUAUUUCAGACGGAGAAAGCACAUUUCUCACUUGACUCCCAGGAGGUGAUUUCCAUUAAAAUGUAUUUAAAGUAUUUACUGUAAAUAUACUCAUUCCAUUCUGUUUCUGGCAUCAGACUAAAGCUUCUAACCUUUUAAAUGAAUGGCAGUUUCAAUUUCAUGUGAAUUUUUACUGACAACUGAUUAAAAGGCGUACGUGUACACAUACAUCUACACAGUGGACUAGAGGAAGUCAGUGUGGAGGAAAUUUCACUGAGGUCCAAAAAGUAGCAAUAUAGGAAUUUGGGGGAUGUGAAUUAGUAAAUAUGUGUGAUCUAGACCACUAGUUUUAGCUUCUUUUUUUUUUAAGAAAACAUCAUUUUUUGUUUGAAGAAUACACUCAGAAUGAUGAGGGAUAAUAUGUAAGAUAGUCUUCAGCUUUAAUUAUUUUUUAACUUUAUUCAGGUCAGAGCACUUUUUGUAAUAGCAAUACAACAGGCAGGAGAAUACUCAAAAAUAUUUAAGAUGGUUGUAUUUAUACCAACAGUACAUUUUAAAGAUUUUCUAAUACUUGAGCAGUUUUUAUCUGUCUGCAAACUAUGCCAAAAGUUAAGAAUUCAAUAUUUUCAACGCAGAAGCUUUUUACUGGUUUCUAUGAUCUGAUAAGAGCUCGUGAGUGUUCCCAAAGUGAGUGAUGUUUACAGGCCUGUGCUCUCCCCCCCGCGAGGGACGGGAGUCCGCACAGACUGACCGUGCACAACACUAACGAUGAUGGACUGACUGCUGGUGUAAAUGAGUGGGUUGGCCGCCACCUCGAUGUAAAAAUUUGUAAAGGAAAAUUUUCACCCUUUUGAGUGUCAAGUGUAUUUUUAACUGUCUGGUUUGUACUUCUACGACUUUUGUACUACCAAAGCAGAGUUAAAAAUAAAAAUGUUAAAUACAG